CUCACUACACACAACUGCCCAGAGUACUGGUGCGGUAGUAUACACGAUCCACGCACAGACCACGGCCUCAACUACGAGGAUGUAUCGUUUACAUCUACAGAUCAUUACACCUUGCGUGGAUGGUAUGUACCACCACCAGCGGAAAAGGCGCGGAAGAUGGGUAUUGUGCUUCUGCACGGCGGUGGCAGAGAUAGACGGGCGUGGCUGCGGCAUCUGCCAAUGCUGCAUAAGGCAGGAUAUGGAUGUUUGUUGUUUGAUUUCAGAGAACAUGGAUUAAGUGAUGGGAAUAUGCGUGGAUUCACGUACGGUAUGAAAGAGCGCUUUGAUGUGGUGGCGGCCUGUGAGUUCAUGCGGUCUACAUACAAGUAUGAGCGUAUCUGUGCAAUGGGAACUAGUGUGGGUGGUUCCUCUGCUAUUAUGGCUGCGGCUAUUGACAAGACUAUAGAUGUGGUGAUUGCCGAGAAUGCAGUGCUUACGUGUGCGACAUUGCAAGAUCAGAAACUUGUAGAUUUCGUCGGUGGUUAUUUCUCACGACGUUCGUAUAGUCGAUUCUUUCUUAACCUUUUUCGUCGUACCUCUUCUUUUUGGUUGAACUUACGCAUAGGCAACAAACCGUCUAAACACUGUCAGGCACUGCAUUGCAUAGCCAAAGUUGCACCUAGACCUGUUUUGCUUAUGCACGGUAUGGCUGAUGAUUUGGUGCCCUGUCGUCAUUCAUUACAGCUUUACGAGGCAGCAGGAGAACCAAAGGAAUUGUAUAUAUCAGAGAAUGGCUUUCACUGUGGUUUGUACGAUACAAAUCCAGAGGAAUUUAAACGGCGUGUUCUUGACUUCCUCCAUAAAUAUGGAGGAGAAGAGUGA